AUCGAGCUUUGGAGCACUAUUACCAGAAAAGCUUACGAAAAGACCGUCCCAAGUCAGUGCGGGCGUUGUGAAGCGGGCCGAGCCGCCUGGCAGCUUGGGUUGACCCGGCCAAGCGGGGACCGCGGCUGGCCCAUGGCGGGCACACGUAGGGGCUCCUAUACCGAGUCUUCGCGAUGGGCAGGACUUGCUUUGCUUUCUGCUAACCACACCGUUGGGUUUUGUCCGACCCGUCCCAGUGUCUUUGCUCCUGCUGUCUCGGAACAGCUCUGAACAUCCUGCCUCCGGGAGCAGUGACAAUUGCUUGACUCCAAACCUGGAGGAUAAGAAGGAAGGCUGUUCAAUGAUAGUUGGACCUGGGGUGAGAAGAGCUGCUUCCAAACAUAGCAUUGAGACGUCCCCUGUGGGGUGUUCCUUUGCUCCGAAUGCCUCUGAAUCCGCAGAGACCGGUCUAUUCUUGAUGCUUCUGAAAAUCUGUCAGGCUCGUCCUCCCUUUGAGGGGAACCGUCUGAUCUCCAAAACACUGGCUUUCAAGCUCUUCUCUUUUUCUCUUUGCGACCGACCCCAGCUUCUUGAUUCCUUUUCUUUUUCCUUUUUUAAGAAACUUACAAGCUGGGCGCCUUCUGGUACAGGGUGUGCAAAACCUUCAUGAACUCGUGGACACAGAAUUGAACAAACAAAAGCCGCAAAUCAGAAACUGUGAUGCCACCAGGGAAGACUGUGGUUAUGGAUGGAACCUCAUUCCAUACCCAGAGUGGGCUGGAACCUCAUCCCAUAUCCACUGUCUUCAAAUGACUCAUCACCCUGCUGAUUAAUUCUGAGCUAGUGGAGGAAAGCCAGUCCAAGGAUGAAGCCUACGUAAGGAGAGGGCAGACCUGAGAGAAGCACAGAGAAAUGAAGUCAGAGCCCUGAGCAAACUGUACCUGAAGCUUAUACCACCUCUGGACUUCACAGGGGACAAAGGAAGACCAGUGAGGAGGCUGGGAGACCAGUCCAGGAGAGGGAUGAUGGCGGCUUGGACCAAGGUGAUGGCAGUGGCAGCGGAGAGAAGCAGCUGCACCGCCCGGGCUGCCAUGCCAGCCACCAACCAGGGCUGGCCUGAAGACUUCGGCUUCCGGCUGGGCGGCUUGGGCCCCUGCUUCGUCCUGGAGGUGACAGAAGGGAGCAGCGCACACGCCGGGGGUCUGCGGCCGGGGGACCAGAUCCUGGAGGUGGAGGGGCUGGCCGUGGGUGGCCUGAGCCGUGAGCGCCUCGUGCGCCUGGCCCGGCGCUGCCCUCGCGUGCCUCCCAGCCUCGGCGUGCUCCCGGGCCCAGAUGGCCACCCAGGUGCGGGACCCGGUGGCUCAUCCCUGACCCCAGCGCUGCGGCCCCCUCGCCCUGGCCGAGGCCUUUCCCUGGGCCGCGAGCUGCUGCACCUGGCCCACCGCAAGCGCCCCGAGGCCGUGCACCGGGAACGCAGGCGCAAGGCCCAGGAGUUCAGCCGCAAGGUGGAUGAGAUCUUGGGGGACCAGCCGACUGCCAAGGAACGGGUGUUCGCUGCACUGAAGCAGUUUGCGGCCGAGCAGCGGGUCGAUGACCUGGUGUGGGUGCUCACCCUGGAGCUGCCCCGCGAGGCCCGCGCGCCACUCCUGGACAACCUCAGGAUCUUCAUCCCCAAGAAGCACCGGGCGCGCUUCGACGAGGUGGUGUCGCAGGGUCUGCUGGGCAAGCUGUGCCGCGCCGGACGGGCGCAGGGUGCGCAGCGGCUGCGCCGGAGCCGCAGCGAGGAGCGGCCCGAGCGCCUCCUGGUGUCCACUCGCGCCAGCGCCGCCCCGCGCCGCCCCGACGAGCCGCCACCGCGCAAGGCUGCCUACGCCCCCCCAACCUCCUUCUCCCCAGGGCAGGGCACGCUGACAGUCAGAGUCUACAAGGGCAACAAGAGCUUCGGCUUCACGCUGCGUGGUCACGGGCCUGUCUGGAUCGAGUCUGUCCUGCCUGGGAGCCCGGCUGACAAUGCGUCCCUCAAGUCAGGCGACCGGAUCCUCUUCCUCAAUGGACUGGACAUGAGGAACUGCUCCCAUGACAAGGUGGUGUCCAUGCUUCAAGGCAGUGGCGCGAUGCCCACACUGGUGGUGGAGGAGGGGCUUGUCCCGUUUGCCAGCGACUCCGAUUCCUUGGAUUCCCCCAACCCGUCCUCGGCGCUCACCUCCCUGCAAUGGGUGGCAGAGAUCCUGCCCUCCAGCAUCCGGGUGCAGGGGAGGACAUUCAGCCAGCAGCUGGAGCACCUACUCACGCCUCCUGAGCGCUACGGGGUCUGCCGGGCUCUGGAGAGCUUCUUCCAGCACAGGAACAUUGACACCCUCAUCGUGGACGUCUACCCUGUGCUGGACACACCUGUCAAGCAAGUUCUUUGGCAGUUCAUCUACCAGCUGCUGACUUACGAGGAGCAGGAGCUCUGCCAGGAGAAAAUUGCAUGUUUCCUGGGCUACACGGCCAUGACAGCAGAGCCGGAGCCCGAGCUGGACCUGGAGCCGGAGCCCGAGCCUGAGCCCGAGCCGGUGCCCGAGCUGCAACGGCGGAGCUCCCUGAGGGCCUCAUCCAUGUGCCGCCGCAGCCUCCGGUCCCAGGGCCUGGAGGCCAGCCUCAGUUGCGGUCCUGGCGACUGCCCCGAGAUGCCUCUUCCUCUAAUCCCAGGGGAGCGCCAGGCAGGCGAUGGCACAUCUCUCCCCGAGACCCCCAAUCCUAAGAUGAUGUCAGCCGUCUAUGCGGAGCUCGAGUCCCGACUGAACAGCAGCUUCAAAGGGAAGGUGGGGACCACGUCCAGAUCCCGUGCCUCCCCACCAGUGCCCAGCCCGGCAGGCCCAGCAGGGCCCAGGACCCUGUCCAGCGUCUCGUGGCCCAGCGAGCGGCUCCUGCCCUCCCCCUGCUACUACCCACUGUGUUCAGGGGGCCUGGCCUCCCCCAGCAGCUCUGAGUCCCACCCCUACGCCAGCCUGGACAGCAGCAGGGCGCCCUCCCCACAGCCAGACCCCGGGCCCAUCCGCUCCGACAGCCCCCCAAGCCCGGACCCUGCCCGCCCGCCCAGCCACAGGAAGCUCUUCACCUUCUCCCGUCCUGUGCGAAGCCGGGAUACUGACCGCUUCCUGGAUGUGCUGAGUGAGCAGCUGGGCCCCCGGGUCACUGUCGUGGAUGAUUUCCUGAGCCCUGAGAAUGAUUACGAGGAGAUGAGCUUCCACGAUGACCAGGGAAGCUUUGUGACCAAUGAGCGGAGCAGCGCUAGUGAGUGCAUCAGCAGCAGUGAGGAAGGCAGCUCCCUGACCUACUCCUCCAUCUCCGACCACAUCCCCCCACCCCCGCUCAGCCCCCCGCCUAAAAAAAAAAAAAAAAAAAAAAAAAAAAAAAAAAAAACUCCACCCCCGCCACCCCUGCCCCCACCAGUGCCCUGUGCACCCCCCAUGCUGUCUCGGGGCCUGGGUCACCGCCGAAGUGAGACCAGCCACAUGAGCGUCAAGCGCCUGCGGUGGGAGCAGGUGGAGAACUCGGAAGGCACCAUCUGGGGUCAGCUGGGGGAAGAUUCUGACUAUGACAAGCUGAGCGACAUGGUGAAAUACCUCGAUUUGGAACUCCACUUUGGCACCCAGAAACCUGCUAAGCCAGUGCCUGGGCCUGAGCCCUUCAGGAAGAAAGAGGUGGUGGAGAUCCUGUCUCACAAGAAGGCCUACAACACCUCCAUCCUGCUGGCUCACCUGAAGCUGAGCCCGGCCGAGCUGCGGCAGAUGCUCAUGAGUAUGGAGCCCCGGCGCCUGGAGCCCGCGCACCUGGCGCAGCUGCUGCUCUUCGCGCCCGACGCCGACGAGGAGCAGCGCUAUCAGGCCUUCCGCGAGGCGCCCGGCCGCCUCAGCGAGCCCGACCAGUUCGUCCUGCAGAUGCUAUCGGUUCCCGAAUACAAAACCCGCUUGCGCAGCCUGCACUUCCAGGCCACCCUACAAGAGAAGACAGAGGAGAUCCGGGGUAGCCUGGAGUGCUUGCGCCAGGCCUCCCUUGAGCUCAGGAACAGCCGGAAGCUCGCCAAGAUCCUGGAGUUCGUGUUGGCCAUGGGCAACUAUCUCAACGACGGACAGCCCAAAACCAACAAGACCACGGGGUUCAAGAUCAACUUCCUGACGGAGCUGAACUCCACUAAGACUGUGGAUGGGAAGUCCACCUUCCUGCACAUCCUUGCCAAAUCACUGAGCCAGCACUUUCCAGAACUCCUGGGUUUUGCUCAGGACCUGCCCACUGUGCCCCUGGCUGCCAAAGUGAACCAACGGGCCCUGACCAGUGACCUGGCUGACCUCCAUGGCACCAUCAGUGAGAUACAGGCUGCUUGCCAGAGCAUGUCCCCCUCCAGUGAGGACAAGUUUGCUGUGGUCAUGACGUCCUUCCUAGAGACGGCCCAGCCUGUGCUGCGGGCCCUGGACGGGCUGCAGCGCGAAGCCAUGGAGGAGCUGGGGAGGGCGCUGGCCUUCUUUGGUGAGGACUCCAAAGCCACCACCUCCGAGGCCUUCUUCGGCAUCUUCGCAGAGUUCAUGAGCAAGUUCGAGCGAGCACUCAGUGACCUGGAGGCUGGGGAUGGCCUGCGCAGCUCAGGGAUGGUUUCACCCCUGGCCUGGUGACCUGCAAAGCCCGUCCUGCCUGAGGCCCGUCCCAGUGGCCUGGAGCAGUGCAGAGCGGCCUGGGCGUGG